AUGCACCUCCGAAGGACCGUCACGCAGGACGCCGCGGACGCCGUCGCGCUGACGGCGCCGAAGUUUAAACCCGUGACGGGGGGCGGUGACUCGCCGGGCGGUGACUCACCGGGAGCCGGACGAUGGGAGGCUGACAAGACGGCGCUGGAGGAUGCACGGGACGCGGUCGCGCCGGUGAUCAACGCACCGCCCCCGCGCGCGCCCGUCGGCCUCCCCGCCAAGCUCAAAGAGCGCUGGAACGCGUUGUACGAUCCCGCGUCGAUCGCGGCGCUGAACAAGAGAUUUAAACGAGAAAAAAACCCAAAGGGGGGCAAAGGAGAGAGCAAGGUACCCGCGAAGGACGCGAAGGACGAGGAGGCCAAGGCGCGACGCGCGCGUGCGAUCGCGGCGCUCCCGACGGCACCGUUCAAGUCGCGUCUCCAACGCGAGUUGUUCGCGCUGAUGGACGGUUACAGAGACGUCGUGUACACGGCUCGGAAACCUCCGGGGAGUGCCCGGAAGGAACCGUUGGGUCCGGACGGCUCGGGCGGCGGCGGCGACGACGUCAUGGACGCGUACCUCCUCCACGUCGUCAACCACGUGAUGCGAACGCGCACGCGAAUCACCAAGAACAACGAAUCGUUGCUGAAGCGGUCCAAGGCUAAGGAGAUCGAGAUGGACGAUGACCUACCCCGGGACCAGGGUUUCGUUCGGCCGACGGUGCUCAUCUUGGUGCCGAUGCGAAACGUAGCCGGGAGGGUGGUGAGACGGCUGCUUCAGAUGUGUCCCGCCGCUCAGGGACGGGCGGACGCGGUGAACAAGCUCGAUCGAUUCGCCGAGGAUUUCGGCGACGGGGAUUCCGACCGGCGACGCGGCGGCGGGCAGUGGAUCCCCGAAGACCACAAGCGGCUCUUCCGCGGUAACACCGACGACCACUUCAGGCUCGGGAUCAAGGUCACCAAGGCGUCCGUCCGACUGUACGUCGACUUUUUCGGAUCCGACGUCCUCGUCUGCUCGCCCCUCGGCCUGGUGACGAAGCUCCAGGAAUCCGGCAAGAGUGCCGCCGACUUUCUCGCGUCGAUCGAGCUGCUCGUCGUGGACAACGCGGACGUCCUCAUGAUGCAAAACUGGCAGCACGUGCUCACGCUCUUCUCGUCGUGCAACCAGCUGCCGAAGGACCAGCACGGCGUGGACAUCAUGCGCGUGCACGAAACCCACCUCAACGGCCUGGCGAGAAACCUUCGGCAGACGAUCGUGCUCUCGUCGUUUCCGUGCGCCGAGAUCAACGCGCUGGUCAGGAACGAGUGCGCUAACCUCGCGGGGCGGGUUCGUUGGAAGGAGUCAUUUCCCGGGGUGCUCGGCUGGGCCGCGAGGGCCGUGCGAAACGCGGGAGGGCUCCGGCAACAGUUCGAGAGGCUUCCGGACGCCGCGUCCAUCGCUGACUCGGACGACGUGCGGUUCAAACACUUCACCAGGCGGGUGCUGCCGCGGUUGCGAGAGAAUCCAGCGCCGGGCGCGCUCAUUUUCAUCCGCGAUUACCUCGAUUUCGUGCGGGUACGUAACCUGCUCACCGCCGAGGACGUCUCCUUCGCGGUCACCUCCGAGUACACCGACCAACGGGACGCCGCCAGGGCGAGGUCCAUCUUCGCGGACGGUCGCAAGCGCGUGCUGCUCGUCACCGAACGAGCGCAUUUUUACUUUCGCCGAAGGAUCAGGGGAGUGCGGGAAGUUCACUUCUACUCCCUGCCGGAUCACGCGGGUUUCUACGCGGAGAUGCUCGGGUUUUUGGGGGACGGGGACGGACGGUCGGCGGCGUCGACGGCGAACGCGCCGAGCGCCACGGCGGUGUUUAGUAGGUUGGACGCGUUAACGCUGGAGCGGGUGUGCGGGAGCGCAAGGGCGAAAAAGAUGUUGGCGCCGGAUGCAAACUCGACGUUCAUAUUCACCGCGUGA